GCUGAAAAUUGUCAUCGUACAUACAAGAGUGCGCCUUCCAUUGACUCACUCGACAACUCCGAUUCCCGGUUCUGCAUAUCCAAUACUUAAGAUAACUAGGUUCUAAUUGGGUUUAUUGUAUAUUAAUUAAUCUAACUAUCAAACUGUACAAUCACAUCUAAGUAGGUAGCUUGCCUACAACUACCUAACACCUCACGCUCUUUACAGAUUUGCCGUUACCACACUUGCGCCGUCGAACCCCCAAGUCCACGAUGCCUACGGUCCACCUGCUCGACUACGUCGCAGGCAACGUCCGGUCCCUCGUCAAUGCCAUAGAGAAGUGCGGAUACACGGUAGAAUGGGUCCGGAGCCCCGAAGAAGUCUCGCGCGCCGAGAAGCUGAUCCUGCCCGGCGUCGGCCACUUCGGGCACUGCCUAAGCCAGCUCGCGGGCGCCGGCUACCUGCAGCCUAUACGCGCGCACAUCGACGCCGGGAAGCCGUUCAUGGGAAUCUGCGUCGGGUUGCAAGCGAUCUUCGAGGGCUCCGUCGAGGACCCCGCUGCGCCGGGCCUGGGGUUGAUAAAAGGGAACCUGGACCGGUUCUCCGACGCGGACAAGGCGGUGCCGCACAUCGGGUGGAACAGCGCGAACACCGGCGGAAAGAGCCUGUACGAUCUGCGGCCCGAGAGCAAGUACUACUACGUGCACUCGUAUAAAUACCCGUACGUAGAGGGCGAGCUGGAGGACCAGGGCUGGACCGUGGCGACGGGGACGUACGGCGGGGAGGUGUUCGUGGGCGCGGUAGCCAAGGCAAACAUACUCGCGACGCAAUUCCACCCGGAAAAGAGCGGCGUCGCGGGCCUGCGGGUGAUAAAAGCCUUCCUCACCGGCUCCGGCGCCAAGACAGUCGGCCAGGAGAUAGCCGGCCCAGCUCCGACCGGCGGCUUAACGCGGCGCGUCAUCGCGUGCCUGGACGUGCGCACGAACGACCAGGGGGACCUCGUGGUGACCAAGGGCGACCAGUACGACGUGCGGGAGAAGACGUCGGACCGCGGGGUGCGCAACCUCGGCAAGCCGGUCGAGCUCGCGCGCAAGUACUACGAGCAGGGCGCGGACGAGGUGACCUUCCUCAACAUCACAAGCUUCCGGGACUGUCCGUUAGCCGACGUUCCGAUGCUCGAGAUCCUGCGACAAGCCUCGCAGACCGUGUUCGUCCCCCUAACCAUCGGCGGCGGCAUCCGCGACACGGUGGACGUGGACGGCACCAAGGUCAGCGCGCUGGAGAUCGCGACGAUGUACUUCCAGUCGGGCGCGGACAAGGUGUCGAUAGGGUCGGACGCCGUGCUCGCGGCGGAGGAGUACUACGGGCUGGGGCGCAAGCUAUUCGGCGCCACGGCCAUCGAGCAGAUCUCGCGCGCGUACGGCAACCAAGCCGUCGUCGUCAGCGUCGACCCGAAGCGCGUCUACGUGCCCAAGGCCGACGCGACGCGGCACCACACCAUCGCUACCAAGUACCCCGGCCCCAAGGGCGAAGGCUACUGCUGGUACGCGUGCACCAUCAAGGGCGGCCGCGAGACGCGGGACCUCGACGUCGUGGAGCUGGUCCAGGCCGUCGAGGCCAUGGGCGCCGGCGAGAUCCUGCUGAACUGCAUCGACCGCGACGGGACCAACAGCGGCUUCGACCUCGAGCUGAUCGACCAGGUUAAGCGCGCGGUGCGGAUCCCGGUUAUCGCGUCGAGCGGGGCCGGAAACCCGGGACACUUCGAGGAGGUGUUCGAGAAGACGCGGACGGAUGCCGCGUUAGGGGCCGGCAUCUUCCACAGGGGCGAAUACACUGUUAAGCAGGUCAAGGAUUACUUGGCGGAGGGAGGGAUGGAGGUAAGACAAUUCGAGGGGGAUUUAUGAUAUCCAUCUAGACAGAGGAUCUAAGGGGGCUGGUGAGGUUGAGAUGAACAUAAGUUAUGGCGCAUUUAUCUCGUAUUUAAUUACACUUGUCAAAAUAGGCGUUGAUGGAUUAGAGGCGGGAGGAAGAGAAAAAAGAACG